UUUUGGUGUUAUUUUGCAGGUUGAUGUAAAUAUGGAGUAGCAUGCGCAGUUGGAAGGUGAUAGUGGGACUGCUGGUACUAAUUUUGGUGUUAUUUUGCAGGUUGAUGUAAAUAUGGAGUAGCAUGCGCAGUUGGAAGGUGAUAGUGGGGCUGCUGGGACUAUGGCUGGUCAUCAUGCUGUAUAUGAGCAUGACUUUGAUGCCUGGUGGGGACUCCAGCACUCGGUCAGAAGAACAUCUUAAGAGAGCUCUUGUUGAGCUUGACAAGGUUAAAGCUCAGAACCGAGAGCUGCAGUUGCUAGCUACAGAAUUACAAGAUAUACGAGAGGCAGGCGGAACGGGAAAUCAGGAUGACACUAUUAAAAGACUACACCAUCGACUGCACAAUGCAAUGCAGGAAAUAAAGGAUUUGUCAAAGAAGUCGGGGGAAUCAGGAAAGACUGUAGAUGCUCCAAGUGGACAGCAUGAGAAGACGUUAAGAAAAGUUGAGAACACCGCUGUGGAAUUCUGGUAUUACAUCCAUUCACAACUUCUUUCCAUCAAAGAGAUUGGUGGCGGCACAGCGGCUGUUGUGGAAAAAGUGACUGAUGUUUUACAAGUCUCUUCACAGUAUCAAAGAACUUUGCAUAAUGAUUUUGUGUCACUGCGGAAUGUGGACAACAUGGGACAAUGGAGAGAGCAAGAGUCUCAUAAUCUUGGAGAGCUCAUCCAGAAACGACUGCAUUAUAUUCAGAACCCUAAAGAUUGCAGUAAAGCAAAGAAAAUAGUUUGCAAUCUGCACAAAGGGUGUGGGUUUGGCUGUCAGUUACACCACGUUGUCUACUGCCUGAUUGUGGCCUAUGCCACGAAGAGGACAUUAGUGCUAGAGUCAAAAGGCUGGCGAUAUGCCCCUGAAGGCUGGGAGACAGUUUUUCAACCACUCAGCAACACUUGCACUAACAGAGCCGGUGAAAGUUCAAGACACUGGGGACCUCUGGACCAGAUAAAAAAUGUUCAAGUAAUUGAAUUGCCAAUUGUGGAUAGCAUGCACCCUCGCCCAGACUUUAUGCCAUUAGCCAUCCCGGAGGACCUGGCACCAAGGCUGACAAGACUUCAUGGCGAUCCCCCAGUUUGGUGGAUUGGCCAGUUUGUGAAGUAUCUGAUGAGACCACAGAAAAAUCUGAAGGAAGAAAUAGAGAGAACAAAACAGAAACUACAGUUCAAAAAUCCAAUUGUUGGUGUCCAUGUAAGAAGAACUGAUAAAGUUGGAGUUGAGGCAGCUUUUCACAGUAUAGAGGAAUACAUGGCAUAUGUGGAUGAUUACUAUGACAAACUGGAGGCUAGAAAGCCAGAAUUACUAAAUGUUCAAAGACGAGUUUACCUAGCAACAGAUGAUCCUAAUUUACUGAAAGAAGCUAGAGAAAAAUUCAAGAAAUAUAUAUUUAUAAGUGACAAUGAUAUAUCUAAAUCAGCGGGCCUAGGAUCGCGGUACUCAGACAGUUCUUUAAGAGGCAUCAUUCUGGACAUGCACUUUCUGUCUCUGACUGAUUACCUCGUGUGCACAUUCUCAUCACAGGUUUGUCGAGUAGCCUAUGAGUUAAUGCAAACCAUCCAUGGAGAUGCUUCCACUUAUUUCAAGUCACUCGAUGAUGUGUACUAUUUUGGAGGUCAGAAUGCCCAUAACAUGAUAGCAUUAGAACACCAUAAGCACCAACACCCAGGGGAGAUAUCCAUGGAAGUUGGAGACCUCUUGGGCAUUGCUGGCAACCACUGGAAUGGAUAUUCCAAGGGAAUUAAUAGAAGAACAUCACAAAAUGGGCUUUAUCCAUCUUAUAAGGUCACGAAUGAUAUCACUAUAGUAAAAAUGCCACUUUAUCCAGAAGUUAAACCAGACAGCUGACAUCGGACAAUGACAUAAAUACUGUAAUAUAUUUUUACAAAAGCAAAGUCCCGUUAGUAAAAGCGACAGUUUGACUACACAUUGGGUGGAGUUUUUCCAGACGUAAAUAUGAGAGAAUGGAGCAGACCAUGUCUAAAACAAAUAGUUUGUUUCGUCUCAGAAUUCAGCUACAAUGGAAAGAUUUAUCAUCAACAAGCAGUCAUGCCAUUGUUUUUACUCCCCCAACCAUUCGCACAGCUUCUGUUAUUUUUACUGUAAUUGUAACAUUCACAAAGUGAAGAUUUGCCUGUUAACAGUGUAUGAGUUACUUACAUAAAAUAUUUUCAAAUAUAACAAAACCAUCUUAAAAUGAUUCAUUACUGACGAGUCAGAUGCUAAAAUUAGAUUUUAUCUUUGACAUUGUCAUCAUGAUUAUGCCAAACAGAAGAAUAUGUGUGGUUCUAAUUAUUUAAGUCGGACAAAUUAGUGUAGGGAAGCAUUACAUGUAUAUAUAAACUUGUUUUAAAGACUGAAAUAUUUUAUAUGUAACGAGAGUAAGGUUUUUGUUCAGGUUAAUAUAUUUUUUUAAAUUAAUUUGGCCAUAAAAUUAAUAUAGGUGUAUCCAUAAGCCAAAACAAUGAAAGACCAAGAAAAACUAACACCGAAAAGUAUUUAAAUUGAAAAAUUUAUAUAUUUAUAUACAUAUACAUGUAUCUUGUCUGACA